UCGACGAAAGUGGUCACAAUUCGCGUGCGUUCGCUUACUCUGCUCUUUUCAGAGCUCUGGCCAAGUACCACCUGUACAAUCUUCAGACAAGUGUUUGGACGAAUUCGAAACUUGAAACAUAUGGUUCUUGUAGGAAACUUCAAAGCGAGCUCGCUAUCAGUUUGGGCUGCAAGUGGUUUCGUGGCUCGCCCGUAAUUUGUGAUUUGAAGCAACCGGAAGUUGCUUGGAAGGGCUUGUGGGAAGUCGAGUUCAGUGACCUAAGGCUAAAGGAAAACCAAGAAAAGUGCUCCACCCCCAACGCGUAUUGGAAGCAGAAUUUAACACGAUUACCCAAGUGCGAGGUUUAUCUUUGAGCCGACGUGACGAUAGUUGGGCGCUUAGUUAGUCAGGAACUAACUAUAAAGCUGAUGUAUGUCUGUGGCGGUGCCAUAAUUGAAUUAGUGGUUGUUUAUUAAGGCUUUUGCGGUUAUCCUAUCGGCAGGCAAGCCACUAUUGAGUGAAGUGUGUUGAUGAAGUCUACCAGUUUGUCGGCACUUUUGCCGGGUAACAGCGUUUUCCGACAAAACGAUCAACCCUCAACAACACUGCCAUUCCAGCUUUGAUUCCCGAAAGAGGGUGGAUAAAUCCAAUAUUAUUUGAUGUGCACCAGUGUCAUUGAAUCGUAAAACGAUUACCCUCGCUAUAUCGAAAAGAGCGAAAUUCGUUACAGUGCUCAAUUCGGUGGAUAACAUUACCCACCCCCUAACGAAAAAAUAAAUAGAAAAAUUGACGUGUUUUGUGUGACCACAAGUGAAAGUGGAUUCCGACGCGGACCGGAAGCAGCCCCAGCAAACCCCGUCGGAAUGUCGUAAAUCCAGUGCCUCGCCGGAAGUUGUGGUGGAAAACGCAGCAUCGCCAGCACUGCCAAAAGCCACUUUUGCAAUUGCACAGCUUAAAUCGCACAGACGGACACUUUGCACCACUACGACCACAGUCACGACCACCACCACCACCACCAGCAACAACAACAGUUCGGAGGGCAUCGCAAGUUCCACCACCAGCUCGCAGCUUGUUCAAAGUUCAAAGGGAAUAUGCACACUGAGGGUGAAGAUAUUCCUGAUCAAGCAUCUGUCUAAGCUAGUCGCGUGCAACAAGAAGAUGUUUCUGCCGGUCAAGUCGAACACAUCUCCAGUAGCCACCGAGGGAACCGCCAGCAACGGCGAGGAUGUCACCACUGUAACCAGCAACUCGACGCAGACCCCGAGCGACCUGAGCCCGCCGAACAUGUCCGGCGACGACAUCCUGCCCCAGGCCCACCACCAGAACCCGGGCCACUGUAUAGCGUCCUUUUCGGCCAUCAACCGCAUGCGGCAGAACGCCCAGCUCUGCGACGUCACGCUGGAAGUCGGAGGUGAAACCAUAAAUGCACAUAAGGUCAUCCUGGCUUCGGUUUCGCCCUAUUUCUAUGCAAUGUUCAACGACGACAUGCUGGAACGGAACCGGGAUGUUGUCACGCUGCACGACAUCGAUCCAUCGUCACUCAAGCAACUCAUCGAUUAUGCCUACAGCGGGGAAAUCACCAUCACCGAGGAAAAUGUGCAGGUCCUGCUUCCAGCGUCCAGCCUACUCCAAGUUCAAUCAGUUCGGGAAGCAUGCUGCAAGUUUUUGCUCCGCCAGCUACAUCCUUCCAACUGCCUGGGGAUUCGAAGUUUCGCAGAUGCCCACUCGUGCAAGGAACUUCACUCCCGGUCCCACCGCUAUGCGCUGCAAAACUUUCAACAAGUUGUCGGCACGGAGGAAUUUUUACUGCUGGGAUUUAACGAGGUCCAGGAUCUCAUCUCGAACAGCCAGCUGAACAUCUGCUCCGAGGAAAAGGUCUUCGUGGCGGUCCUAAACUGGGUCAAGCACGACAUCGCCGAGCGCAAGAAAAACAUCUCCGAGCUCAUGUCGCACGUCCGGCUGCCCCUGGUCAACCGCGAGUUCCUGAUGAGCUGCGUCGAAACGGAACCCAUGGUCCGGGAAGACCCCCACUGCAAGGAGCUGCUGCUUGAGGCGAUGAAGUACCACCUGCUGCCGGAACAGCGCAGUUCGCUGGUCAGCCAGCGCACGCUGGAGCGACGGCCCGAGGGGAUGCGACAGUACAUCUUUGCCGUGGGCGGGGGGAGCUUGUUCGCGAUCCACAACGAGUGCGAGUGCUACAACCCGAAGACGAACGCCUGGAUGACCAUUUCGCCGAUGACUUCGAGGAGGUCGAGGGCGGGGGUAACGGCGUUGAGGAAGUUGCUGUACGUCGUUGGAGGGUAUGACGGGGAGAACGACUUGGCUUCGGCGGAGUGCUAUAAUCCGUUGACGAACGAGUGGUGCAAUAUUACUCCGAUGGGAACGAAGCGAUCCUGUCUGGGGACGUGUGCUUUUGAUGGGUUGCUGUACGUUUGUGGAGGUUACGACGGAGCGUCCUGCUUGGCCAGCGUUGAACGGUACGAUCCGUUGACCGCGGUGUGGACGUCCUGUCCGGCGAUGAACACCCGGAGGCGAUACUGUAGAGUAGCGGUGUUGGACAACUGUAUCUACGCCCUCGGGGGAUUCGACUCCAGCAACUACCAGUCUUCGGUGGAGCGUUUUGACCCGCGAGUUGGCAGCUGGUCGGCGGUUCCUAGCAUGACUUCACGGCGCAGUAGCUGCGGCGUGGCGGCUCUCGACGGGUACCUGUACUGUAUCGGGGGUAGCGAUGGAACCAUGUGCAUGCAGACCGGUGAACGGUUCAACCUGCGAACCAACAGCUGGGAACCGAUCAGUCCGAUGCACUCGCGAAGGUCUACCCACGAGGUCGUUGAGGCCAACGGGUAUCUGUACGCGCUCGGUGGUAACGACGGGUCGUCUUCGCUGAACUCCGUUGAACGGUACGAACCCAAGCUCAACAAGUGGACCAUCGUGACGUCGAUGCUGACGCGGCGCAGCUCGAUCGGGGCUUCGGUUUUGGAGUGUUUCAACCUGGAGCGGGGUCUGCUCCAGACGAGCAUUUGACCGCUAGUUCCGGUGCUAGCAACAACGGUCCACGGAGGUGACGGACAGACGGCCAGCUCCAACGGUAGCGGGUCGCAGUAGAAUCUCGUAACAGCCGCGUAAUUUGUAGUAGAUAAAAUUCGUUCCAUUUGAUAGCUAGCCAAAGACGUAGAACUGUAGAUGUCGCCAUCGUCGUGCUUCGUUUGGGUUCAACACUAGUCUGUGUGUAGGAGGAUAAUCUAUUUCCAUUGUUUACGAAGGUUUCAACAAUA